AAACACAUAACAAUUCUCCAAAUGUCCUAUUAAUCUUUGAUGUAGUACGACAUUUGAUAAUGAAAUAUGAAUAACUUAGCGAUCACACUGUUGCCAUGGUAACUGAAGCAACUAGCUUGCUAGCCUCGCCGUCGUAAACGGCUCAGCGUUCUGAGGAAACUAGAUGCGUCCUCUUCAAUAGUAAAUAUUUUUUGAAACAGUUCUUCUUUUUCAUUUAAAAUAACGCUGCUUAACGGACGGUCUACAUUUAAACGAAAAUGUAACGUUAGGAUUUAUUUUUAGAGGAUGAAUGAGACGUGUGAGGUGAUCAGUACCUGAACCUCAGGUAGACUCCGAUCGGCUGAGGGAAAUGCGCUGUGGCCAUGAAGAAAAUAUUUAACUUCAAGAAAAAGAAGGGCUCUCCUAGCCAGUCUGAGACAGGGAGCGUGCUUUCAGCCAGCUAUGAUGUGAAGGAGAAAGACCUCGGAAAGGUACAUAAGGCUGCGUGCAGUGGAGAUGUGGCCAAACUCAGACAGCUGGCCAAAAAGAACGAUUUAAACCAGCUGGACAAAGAAAACAGAACUGCCCUACACAUCGCUUGUGCCUGCGGACACACAGAUGUGGUUCAGUUCUUAGUGGACAACAAAGUGAAACUAAACUUAUGUGACAAUCAGAACCGCUCCGCCUUAAUGAAGGCGGUUCAAUGUGAGCAUGACCGCUGCGUGUCUUUGCUCCUGGAACAUGAAGCUGACCCAAACCUGGUGGACAUCAAUGGAAACACAGCACUGCACCUGGCCGCCCGCAUCCCUUCCCUGCCUGUGGCCAUGCAGCUGUUGGAGCACGCGGCCAACAUCAACGCCCAGAACAAGGAUGGAAACACUCCAUUGAUGCUGGCUGUGAUGGACAAUCAUGCGGACAUGGCGGAGCUUCUUCUGAAAGAAGGAACAGAUGUCAAUGUGAAGAACCAAGAGCAGCGGUCUGUGUUGAUGAUAGCAGCAUGCAAUGGUCAGAUCAGCAUGGUGCGUUUGCUCCUCCAGUACGAUGCUGACAUCACAGCGAAGGACAAUAGAGGAUGGUCGUCUGAUGAUUAUGCUGUCAUGAACGGACACCACGCCUGUUCUCAUCUGAUCAUUGAGCACGGAACCAAGAGAAAAUCUCUGCAGUCUCCUUCCCAUUUUACUGCCGGUAAACAGCGAGGAACGUCCAUUCUGGGCAGCCCCGGCAGUGUUGGGGCUGGUUUGCAUCUGGGAGGACCAGCUCUGGAUAAAGAUGCAGCAGGAGGCAGUGUUGCAGGUGCAGGGAAAGAUACAGAGGACAUUUCCCACACAGACUCCAUUAGUAGGGCAUCAAAAAGUGGAGCUGCAGUCUCGUGGCCUUCAUCAGAUGAUGAUCAGGAGUUAGACUUUAGCCCGAAGAAACAGAAAGUAAACCUGAAGAAACUCAUACGUGCCUCCAAAAAAGAGAAGAUAGUGGACAUAGCGAAUCGAGAUCCAGACAAAUCCUGGAGCGGAUCAGAGUCAGAGAGUGAGGGGAAAGCUGCAAAAUAUCCACCGCUGCCCCGACCCCUCCCCUCCCGCAGCACCUCCGCCCAACUCCCUGUAGCACCCUCACCUGCUUCUUUACCCCACCCAUCCCAGAUGAGCACCGGCCCCUUCAGCAACACUUAUAAGGAGGAAUCAGUCACAGAUGAUGAAGAGGAGGAGGAGGAGGACGCAGAAGAAGAAGAGGAGGAGGACGCAGAAGAAGAGGAGGAUGAGAAGAAAGAACUGGAGGAACUGUGUAAUAAGCCUCAAAACGGUGAAGCCACCAAAGAAAAACAAAGAGAUUUCCUUUCAGAGUUGGGUCUUGAGAAGGACGACGAACACAAUGACUCUCCCUGGGACUCCGAGUCUGCUUCUGAGAGCCCAACAAAGAAGCAUGCUCCUGCCAAACCACACCGAUCCAUGUCCGAUGUGUGUGAGGAGAACCCUGAAGACUUCUUAUACGUUCCCUCCUUUGUAAAGCGAGAGAGGAAUGUUAAUUUAUUUGGAAGUGUAGACCAGCCAGGAGGCUGCAGGACUGUGGUUGUUAGAAAUGAAGAAGAUGAUGAAGAAGAUGAUGAGGAAGAAAAGGAGUUGGAAAUACCGCCUAAAGUGAUAAAAAGGGAGCCAGUGUCUGUUCUCAACAAGCUGAUGGACACAAGAGAAGCUGCUAAGAAAACAGAUCUAAUGGAAGAACUGGGUUUGGGGGAUGCUGAUGAUCUUGAAGCACAUCGCCCUUCAGAUGCUUCAGACUGGGACUCUGCCAGCACUGCCAGUAAGGCCAGUAAGAAUUUUCCCGUAUUUAAGCUGGAGGAGGAACCUGUAUGUGACGACCCGCCAGCCCCCGCGAAACCCAUCACGCCCCAGGAGCGAGACAUGGACAUAAGAGAACUUAAAGACAUGCAUCCGGAGAGAUUCAAACCCUCAACCACACCGCCUCUUCCCAGCCCACGAUCUCUCAACACAGAUGCCAGCUCGAAGCCAAGCCCACUGCCACGACUCCGCCUGGACUCAAAUCAAAGGCCGGAGAGUGAAGAAUCUGACUGGGAUACAGACAUCUCCAGUCCAGCCAAGAUAACACUGCCAAACAUCACACAGUCUGACACAGCUCUUCGACAGGAACCCAAAGCAGAAGAUGAUGAAAGUGACAGCAACUUAGAUGCUAGCGAACAGGAAGAUCAGGCCAGACAGACUUUACCAGCAUCUUGUGUAGAUGUAUGUAGCCCGUAUAACCGUGAUCCCUCGGAUCUCCGAGCCUCUCCUGAGGAGGAGGAGAGGAUAAACGCUAGUGACACUCCCUGGGAAGAACGAUACGAGAAGAUCUGGGUGGAGAGUGAAAAGAAGGAGACCAAAUCCCAAUAUAAAAAUGUGACAGCUGAACUGAAAGAGAGAUUUGGAGAACUGGAGCCUGCUGAUCUUUUGGAGAAGGAUGGGGAAGACGGAAAAGAAGCUAAGGGAGAGGAAGAGGUGGACACUACCGACGAAAAGGAAGCUGAUGUUGAAGAUUCCAGCGAGGAAGAGGACGAGCCGAUAGUGCGUCCCACAGCUCGGGCGAGAAGUGCCGUACUUUUGCCAAUUCCUGAGCAGAGGGAGUCUGGCCUGGAAGACUCGCAGUCUGAAGAACCUCCGGAAGGUGUCCAACGAGCCGUGAGUGUUGAGAUCAGUGACGCAGACCGUCAUCAGGACAACCUUUCCAAUGAUCAGCAUCAUCCUACCAUCAGCCGAGACAACCGAGUGGACACUUCCUCUGAUGAAGAUGAUGGAGAUUUGUCUGUAGGUAGUGGAACCAAAGCAAGAGCCAAAAAGUGUCCAUCAAAACCAGAAAACAUUAAUGCUGAAAAAGCAGAUGAGUGCCAUAGAACCCAACGGCUAGAUGCUAUUGAGCCGGACAUCCCACCUAACAUUCUGAACAUGCCCUCUUCUGACUCUGAUGAGGUUGAGGAGGGCCUGUGGAAGUCCAGAUAUGAGGUGGGUAAGGAGAAGGCGGAUGAUAUGAGAGGAGAACAUCAGAUCAUUGGUUUGUGGGAUACUGGAGGAUCCAGAGAACGAGAUGAACUUGAUCGAGGAAAAGGAAAGAAAACCGACACCAACUCUGGCAACCCAAAACCUCAGGACAGAACCGCUGGUGACAGAAAACAGGGUAGUGUUUCACCAAGACACCUGACAAGAAGUUCAAGAAGCAGUAACAGGGCUCCGUCACAUGGUGAGGAAGAGGAGGAAAAGAGAAUGUUAGAUAGCCAAGCCAGAAACCACCGUGUAGCUCCCCCCGCUCAGGCCGACCCCUCCCGACCUACGACCUGCCAUAACGGAGACCUUGAGUCUGUCUUUGAUGAUAGUACUUUAAGUGAGCUGUCAGAGGAGGACAGGAGAUCUCCAUCUUCAAGGCGUAGGAAAGAGCAGACUGCUGGAGAGCUGGAGAUGGCCGAUGACUUUGAAGAUCUCACCCAGUCUUCAGACACAGCCACUGAGGAUCUGGAGACGCCAGUAUCUGGAUACCGUAACGCCUCUCUGCUCUUCAAACAGCUCGACUCGAGCUAUCUGGAUUCAGUGAGCAUCGUGAAACUACAGAACAUGUUUCACGAGUAUGAGCGCACCAUCCAGAGAGAGCGAGACAGACACGGCCGUCUGGCGGAAAAGACGUCACAGCUGGAGCAAGAACGCGGUGAGCUCAGGACUCUGCUGGAUGAGAUGAGAAGCAGCAAAUCCAGCCUGGAACAUCUCAAACUGGAGCUGGAGACCGACAUGAACAACCUCAAGUUCCUGCUGAGACAGGAGCAGGAAAAACAUCAGAGCGCUCUGAUGCUUUACAAUAAAACCCGCGAGCAGCUCCAGAGGAAGGAGGAGCAGCAGCAAGCCGAAGCCGAGGAGCGACACAAAGCCGAGCUGAAGGUCCGGAGUCUGGAACUGGAGAUCAGAGCUUUGAAAAACAGCAUCAAACAGCUGGAGGAGGACGGAGAUGAGUCUCAGCGUCUCCUGUCUCAUGAACGCAGCGCUCGCACCCUGCAGGAGGAGUUACUCAAUAACCACCUGCGCAAGCAGCAGGACAUCGAGGAGGAAAACCUCCGAAACCUCAACAAGAGUAAUGAGGCCGUGUCCCAACUGACGGAGGCUUCGGACCGCGAGCGUGAGCUGCUGCAGCAGAACCGAACCCUUCAGGACGAUCUGAACGGCGCUCGGUCCGAGCUGGACCGCUGUCAGUCCAACAGCCGGCAGGAGGAGUCUCGGCUGGCCGAGGAGAGAGACGCCCUGCGCGAGAGAUUGGAGGAUACUCGCAGGGACCUGAAACUGAGCGAGGAGGCUUUAGCCCAGACGGUUUUCCAGUAUAACGGUCAGCUGAGCGCUCUCAAGGCCGAAGGCUCGGUGAUCAGCACCAAACUGGAGCACGAGAGACAAACCAGGCAGCAGCUGGAGGCAGAGGCUGAGGCGAGCAGGGCCCGACUGCAGGGGGCACUGCAGGAGGCCGAAAGAUGUCAGGCCUCGCGCGCAGACGCAGAGCGCACCCUCCAGCGAGACCGCGAGGAACACCAGCGUGCUCAGGAGAAACACAUCUUUGGGUCCAACGCCCAGCGUGACACCAUCCAAUCCCUCUCCCAGAAACUCAGCAAAGCAGAGGCGCGUGCCAACAGCCUGGAGAACGAGUGUCAUCGCAGCUCUCUGGCCGUCACCGAGAAGGGCGUGCUGCUGGAGGCGCUGGCCCGAGAGAGAGACCAAGCCCAGGCCAAACUCAAAGAACUGGAGGCAGCGUUACUGAGCGAACGCGAGCAGGCCAGUCGCGCCGCGGCCAAACAGGAAGCUGUGCAGGAGAGGCUGGCCCAGACUCAGAGCGAGAGCGCGCUGCUGCGUCAGAAGCUGGAGGAGGCGUUCAACAAGGGCUCGGCGAAAGACAAGGUCGUGACGGACGUCCAGCACAACUUCGCCGAGAUGCUGAACCAGUUACGGGCGGACGGAGAGGAGAGAGUUCAUCUGGUGGAGGAGAGAAGCAAAGAGCUGGCCAGAACCAAUGGAGAGCUGCGAGAGCAGAACUAUAAACUAGAACAGGAGAAGAGCGAGAGAGAGGCGUCUCUAAGACAGCUUCAGCAGGAACUAGCCGACUGUCUGAAGAAGCUCUCCAUGUGCGAGGCCUCGCUGGAGGUCAACACGCGGUACCGCAACGACCUGGAAGAGGAGAAGACGCGCACCCUGAAAGAACUGGACAGACUAAAGGGGAAGCUUCAGGAGACCGAAGAGCUUCACGUCCAGGCUGAGAGACGCAUCAGUCACCUGAAAAACACUUUAGACGAGAAAGAGCGUGAGGUGUAUAACACCGCCCAGAAACUAGAGGAGGCGCUGGCUGCGUCUGCCAGCAAAGAGCAAACGCUUAAACAGCUGGAAGAGGCCAUGCAGAGGUUGGAGAUUGAGAACGCCAGACUGGAGGCCGCAGUGAAACAGCAGACCGGCCGCGUGGAGGUUCUGCAGAAGAGCGCUCAGGAGGGAGCUGCGCUGUCAGAUUCAUCGCCUGGAGACGGGGUCAGAAAUCGCUUGGAGGAUCUCGUGACAAACCUGCAGAGCAGUAAAAUGACACUAGAAGAUCAGCUCAACCGUGAGUCCUCUGCUCAGGUGCAAAAGCAGAGUCUGCUGUCCCAUAAUGCCCAGGACUCACAGGCUCUGUGGGAGGAGGAGCUAAAGAGCCGCUCACGGCUGGGACUCCGCCUCUCCGAGCUGGAAAAGGAGAAAGGAGAACUGACCAAUCAGGUGGAACUCGAGAAGAAAAAAGGCAAGAAGCUGACCGAUCAGAAGAAGUCAGUGGACACCCGCCUGGAGCAGGAGAUGCAGAGAAACACUGAGCUUCAGAAAGAAAUGUACAGGUUGAAGACUCUAGUGAAGAGCGCAAAGAAACAGCUGCGGGAACAGGGCGGUGGACAUCUGGACUCUCCUCUGGGCAGCUUCAGAGGAGACAUGAGUCACAGGCUGGAGGCGGAGACUGCGCUAAGUAGAAUGAAGACUAAGGUGGACGAGCUUCACUCUCAGUGCCAGCAGGAGGCGUCACGCUGCUCCCGAGUGGAGGAGGCCAACCGGCAGCUGAAGGAAAAGCUGGCCUCCGUGAAGACUCUGAGCCGGAGCCACGAUCAGCUGGAGUGCAGUAACAGGCAGCUGGAGGAUGAGGUGGCCGGUCUGCGCAGACAGCUGCAGGCCGGUGUGAUGGACCAAAGUCAGGCCGAACAGUACCGCAGGGAGACGGAGGAAAGAGCCCGGCAGGAGAUCAGACACAAGCUGGAGGAGGUCAACCUCUUCCUGCAGACGCAGGCCGCGUCUCAGGAGGCUCUGGAGCAGAUGAAAGCUGCUAACGAAGCGAGUCAGCGUGCCAACCUAGAGCAGCGUAUCCGGGAUCUGGAGGCGGAUCUGAGCCGCGCGCGCAGCGUACAGCAGGACAGCUCGCUGCAGAGAGACUCCAGCCGCACCGAGCUAGAGCGCUACAAACAACUGUACACAGAAGAGCUGCGGCUCAGGAAGAGUUUCGCCUCUAAACUAGAGCGAUCGAAUGAGAGGCUAGCAGAGGCUAACGCUAAACUCCUGAGCGAGAGACAGCGCAGUAAAUCUCUGCUCACAGGCAGUAUCGUCAACGGCGGAUUAGGAGGUCCCGCUCUGGAUGUGGGGGCGUACGGGUCAUCUCUAGGACCGCUGAACAGAAGUCUGGGUACCUCUCUGCUGGGUACGGUAGGAGAAGCCCAGAGCAACCGCGUAGAGGCCUACCUGGCAAAGAUGCAAAAAGAGCUUGAGAAAAACAUAUCAAAGGAGUUGGACUACGUUGCAGGAGAGUUGGAGGGAGGUUCUGCCCGUAUGUCACCCGUGGGCUCGGCAUCGGGCUCUCAGAAUCUCAAUCUGACCCUGGAACAGCCGGACCCCGUGAGCAAAGCCACUCAACAGUACCUGGAGGUGCUCAAGAAGAACUACAUGAUCUGA